AUGGCUGAGGGUCAGGUCUCCUCCGCCAGCUGGUGUGUCUUCUAUGGUGCGGGCAUCAUCGGCACCCUCGUCUUGUACGGCAUCCUCCAGGAGGGCAUUAUGACCGUGGCCUACGACGGGAACCUGUUCCAGUACUCCGUCUUCCUAGUCUUGUGCAACAGACUGGCCGCAGUGAUGUUUGCGGUGUGCAUGGCAGCUGGUAAAGGUGAGUCGAUGAGGAAUGCCGCUCCUCUUUGGAAGUAUCUUGUCGUUUCCCUCUCCAACGUCUACGCCAGCUCCUGCCAGUAUGAGGCCCUAAAGUAUGUUUCCUUCGCGGUCCAGAUGCUUGGGAAGAGCUUUAAGAUGAUGCCCGUGAUGAUCUGGGGCAUCAUCAUUGCCGGCAAGGCCUACAGUGGUAGGGACUGGCUUGUAGCACUUGCCGUCACCUUGGGCUGCACCGAGUUUCUGAUGACCGGGCCGACCCAUUCCAAACUGGAUGCCGGCAACAGCUUCAAGGGCUUCCUGCUGCUCGGCUGCUUCCUGGCACUGGAUGGGCUUACCUCCACAUUCCAAGAGAAACUCUUCAAGGAGCAUAAGACGACGAAGUACAACCAGAUGUUGUACAUCAAUGGUCUCUCUGCCACUGUGUCCCUUGUCACCCUGCUUGCAACAGGCCAGUUCAUGCCAGCACUUGCCUUUGGCUUCGCUCAUCCCCAGUUCUGGCUCGACUCCGCCCUGCUCAGCGGCUCGGCGGUCGCCAGCCAGUUCUUCAUCUACUCGCAGAUCAAGGAGUUCGGGGCCUUGGUCUUCGCAGCGACGAUGAACGUCCGUCAGGUUGUCUCUAUAUUGGUCUCUUACUUGAAGUACCACAACCCGGUCACAGGGCUUCAGGUCCUCGGUUUGGGUCUCAUCUUCUCCGCCCUCUUCUACAAGUCCGUGCUGGCCAUGUUGGAAGCACCGUCCAAGGAGGAAAAGAAGCCGAUCCUGGCUGACGCUAAGCCCGAAGAGGCGCUUGAGACCUCCAAGGACAAGGAUGAUGCUGGCAAAGUAGUUUAG